UGAGAAGGAAGUUGGGAAAGGCUAUGUUGCAUUAGCCUAUUGGUGUUAGCUUCUGUCUUUCCUACUUUUCCCUGUUAAAGUUGUUUGCUUCGGGUUUUUUCCUUUAAAAAACCCUCAGAAUCCUUCUAUCCCCGCUUUACUCAAAUCUCUGCCAUUGUUUAAAACAAUAGAAUAGAAAUUGAAAUACAUUAUUGUCACUGUACCACUUGUUUAAAGUGAGAUUAGAUGACCCCCCCCCCACAAUCUCUCAGUCCUUGUUAUACUCUGUAUGCUGUCAUACGAUUUCCCUCUCAGUGUUUCUUUACCCCCUGCUUUACUUAAACAUAUGCCAUUACGGUAUUUGAGCACAGCGAGAAAGGUGAGACACUGAAAGGAAAACAAUGGCUGUUUUUCUCAUAUACAGAUUUUGAUGUUGAAUAUUUUUCAGUUAUUUCCUGUAUGUUAGGAAUUUUCCAAAUAUUUGAUACAGUAUAUGUAAUAUUCCACGAUCCGCAGUUCACAAAAAAAAGGUUGCAAUUAUGACUCAAAAUUUAAUUCCUUCUUGUCCUUCUGCUGGCAGGUGAAGACUUUCUUAUCCUACAGGCUUUUGGGAAUGAACUGCUUUUAAUGAAAGAGCUGGCGCUAUGCUGUUUUACUGGUUUAUGGUUAAAAAUCUUUUGUUAAUAGAUUUUUUAUAUAUUUAAUUUUAUCAAUGUCCCGUUGUUUUUUAAUGAUUGUUUUACUAUGUUUUUAGCAGUUCUUGUUUUUAUCUGUAAGCCACCUCAAGUCGCCAUGUGAAAAUGUGGGGUAUUUAUUUAUUUAUUUAUUUAUUAUCACCAGCAGCAAGCUGAAAGCCAUAUGUUUUUGUUUUAAACUGUGAGAGUGGUGUAAUAUGCAAUUCUUGCAUUUAGAUUUGUUUGGGGAUUAAGUGGUUUAUUUGUUAUGCCUGACCUGUCUGAGGAUCAAAGGGGAGGUAAAAUUCAAUGAAUAUGUGGUGGUUGUCAUACAGGCAUUGUUUGUAUCUGAGAAUUAGGACACUACUUUAGGGAUUGCAAAUCACAAUGGUGAAAGUCAGAAACUUGCUUUGGCUGGCAGUUUCAAGGCAUAAUCUGGGAGAAAAAGGAUGAGCAAAUCAAGGUGUGACCUCAGGUUACAAAGGGAACAUAGCUAAAAUUUUGGCUUUUCAUGGGUAUGUAGUGCUAUCUUUGAAUUGUUUCAAAACUAUUUUCUCUCAUUUUAGUUGACACUGACCAAAAAGGUCUUUCCCAGGGCUUUUUCCAGCCAGAACUUGCCGCCCUCAGGAACGUGCCAUUGCCAUUAUAAGAGAACAAGGCACCUUUUUUCUAGAAAAAUAGCACUGGUCAAAGGAUUAAGGAACACAAAAGUAAGAUAGUGGAUUGUGAAGAACUGAGCUGCAACAGGGAAGGAAGAAAAAUGUGGAGUGUGGGUCAAAUUUGAUCAACUAUGUAAUAUACAGCCAUGCAUCUUGUUUUUCCUUAAAUAAUUACAAGAAUGGGAAAACAUUCUUCCUGGGAAAGCACCGUGAUUAUCUGUCACUCCCACACCAUGAUCGGUCCUGGGAUAGCUCAGUUGAUAGAGCAUGAGACUCUUAAUCUCAAAGUCAUGGGAUCAAGAUGGGCAAAAGAUUGGGGGGUUGGACUAGAUGAGCCACAGGCUCCCUUCCAACCAUAUGAUUCUAUGAAAACUGAGAUUAGCCCUCCGAGUUUGGCUAGGAAUUUUAGGGAAAGAGUCUUUCACAAGGCUCUUAGCUGUGCGUGCAUGAUACAGAGUGUGUGUCUCUAUUCUGAUCAUGGUGGAAAUGAAAAAGGAUCCCUUCAUGUGCUCUGCCUUCUCAGUAAGUACUAGGCUCCCCCAUGGCUGUAAUUAUUUAAGAAGAAAAAAGAUAGUUAGCAACAUGCUAUGUUAUUUAGCAAAUGUCUAGCCUGUGUAUGUCUCCUAGCCUUAUAAACUGUGUUUUUGCAACUAGAUGCUUGCUGGAGCAGCCAAAAUGAGAGUACGUACCCCUAUACAUUUUUAAAGGGAAAAAAGCACUGAUUUAAUCUACUGUAUAACAGUCCAGUAUUUCACAGUUAACAUUCAAUGGUGCUUAACAUAUAUAUUUGGUGUCUGGCAAGCAACUGUAUUCAGUAUCUGACAGCACAUGACAGAUUAUACACAGUGGUGUUUAUUUGAUGAUGUUUGAUAGCUCACAGCUUGCAAAAUUUUAUAUUUGAUGCUUGCCAAACAACGAGCAUAUCUGACUAAAGUACUGACAUUUCAAUACUUCAGAUGAAAUUGAAUUUUCCUAAUCCAAAUUUGAAAAAAGUAAAAUUGGAAAAUUUAGCAAAUUUCAAAUUGCUACAAAUAUUUAUUUCAUCUUCACUAUGCACUCACCAGCCUUCUCCUCUUCUCCCCUUACCAGUUAAAACAUAUUUACUGCCAUUCAUUCUAUCAUAAACAUAUGGGUUUCCUUUGAGCAAUACGUCGCACUCCCACUGCACCCUAACAGCAUCAGAUGCAUAUAUUUCUCUCCUCUACCAGAACACAAAGUUGGUAUCAGGAUCAGACCACAAUAUAUAGGCUGCCACCCACUCUUCCCUCCUCUUGUCAAAUUAUUUUUAGAUUGAUUCAUGGAGCUGAAAGGUCUAAUUAUAUCUGUUCGUGUCAAAUAUGAAUGGAAAUCUUGCUGGGAGUUAAGACUGCCAAAAAGGUUUUGACCGAAGAAAGAAGAGGAGGCUGCUGUGUAUGCAAAUCACUCCCUAUAUAAGUAGUCUUGGGACCAGCCUCUCAUGUCCUUGCACCAACAGCUUAAAGGUAAGAGUGUGAGAAGCUCGAGUUUAAAAGGAAUAGAAUCUCACCCUGAAUUCUUCACAUCCCAGUACAUUCCUGCUGCAUUUGACACUUCUGAGCACAGAUAGCCUGUGUCAAUAGGGAUUUAAAAUCUGCCCAUCAGCUGCUACUCUAUAAUUUAUUACUGGACCUUUGAUAAAGGAUCUAUCAUUUUUAUUUUACAGUAUUGGGCAGCUCAACCCUGCUUUACAGUCCACCUGAUACCACACAAGUUUUUUGUUUGCUGAGCUGCGUGCUAUAAACCGCAGACAUGUCUUCAGACGCGGAGAUGGCCAUCUUCGGGCCAGCUGCCCCCUAUCUCCGAAAGCCAGAAAAAGAGAGAAUUGAGGCCCAGAACAAGCCCUUUGAUGCAAAGAAUUCAGUCUUUGUGACAGAUAAAAAGGAGUCUUAUGUGAAGGCCUCUGUCACAGCCAGGGAAGCAGGGAAGGUCACAGUCAAGACAGAAAAAGGAGAAUCUGUAACAGUCAAGGAAGAUCAAGUCUUUUCUAUGAAUCCUCCCAAAUAUGACAAAAUUGAGGACAUGGCCAUGAUGACCCACCUCCAUGAACCUGCUGUCCUGUAUAACCUCAAAGAGCGUUAUGCAGCCUGGAUGAUCUAUACCUAUUCAGGUCUCUUCUGCGUCACUGUCAAUCCAUACAAGUGGCUACCAGUGUACAACCCAGAAGUGGUAAAUGCCUACAGAGGCAAAAAGCGUCAAGAGGCCCCUCCCCACAUCUUCUCCAUCUCUGACAAUGCCUAUCAGUUCAUGUUAACUGAUCGUGAGAAUCAGUCGAUCCUGAUCACUGGAGAAUCUGGUGCUGGAAAGACUGUGAACACAAAACGUGUCAUCCAGUACUUUGCAACAAUUGCAGCCACAGGUGACAAGAAAAAGGAUGAGCCAGUCGCACAAGGCAAAAUGCAUGGUACCCUUGAAGAUCAAAUCAUCAGUGCCAACCCCUUGCUGGAGGCUUUUGGAAACGCAAAGACUGUGAGGAAUGACAACUCCUCACGUUUUGGUAAAUUCAUCAGAAUCCAUUUUGGUGCCACGGGCAAACUGGCUUCUGCUGACAUUGAGACAUAUCUGCUAGAGAAGUCCAGAGUUACGUUCCAGCUGAAAGCUGAAAGAAGCUACCACAUCUUUUAUCAGAUCAUGUCCAACAAGAAGCCAGAACUGAUUGAGAUGCUUCUGAUUACUACCAACCCAUAUGACUUUCACUUUGUGAGCCAGGGUGAGAUCACUGUUGCCAGCAUAGAUGAUCAAGAAGAGUUGAUGGCUACAGAUAGUGCCAUUGACAUAUUGGGCUUCAAUUCUGAGGAAAAGACAGCCAUUUACAAGCUAACUGGAGCUGUAAUGCACUAUGGGAACAUGAAGUUCAAGCAGAAGCAACGUGAGGAGCAGGCUGAGCCAGAUGGCACUGAAGUUGCUGACAAGGCUGCGUACCUCAUGAAUCUCAAUUCAGCAGAUCUGCUGAAAGCUCUGUGCUACCCCCGAGUCAAAGUUGGCAAUGAGUUUGUCACCAAAGGCCAAACGGUCCAGCAGGUGUACAACAAUGUUGGUGCUCUGGCUAAGGCUGUCUUUGAGAAGAUGUUCUUGUGGAUGGUCAUUCGUAUCAACCAGCAGCUGGAUACCAAGCAGUCUAGGCAGCACUUCAUAGGAGUGUUGGACAUUGCUGGCUUUGAGAUCUUUGAUUACAACAGCCUGGAGCAGCUCUGCAUCAACUUCACCAAUGAGAAACUGCAACAGUUUUUCAACCAUCACAUGUUUGUGCUGGAGCAAGAGGAGUACAAGAAAGAAGGAAUCGAUUGGGAGUUCAUUGACUUUGGGAUGGACCUGGCUGCCUGCAUUGAACUCAUUGAGAAGCCAAUGGGCAUUUUCUCCAUCCUAGAAGAAGAGUGCAUGUUCCCCAAGGCAACAGACACAUCUUUCAAGAACAAGCUCUAUGAACAGCAUCUCGGCAAGUGCAAGAACUUUGAAAAGCCCAAACCUGGCAAAGGCAAGGCUGAGGCCCACUUCGCCCUGGUCCAUUAUGCUGGCACUGUGGACUACAACAUCAGUGGGUGGCUGGACAAGAACAAGGACCCCUUGAAUGAAAGUGUAAUUCAGCUCUACCAGAAAUCAUCUAUGAAGACACUGGCUUUGCUAUUUGCUGACCGCCCUGCAGAAGAGGGCGCCAAGAAAGGUGGCAAGAAGAAGGGUUCCUCUUUCCAGACUGUAUCUGCUCUCUUUAGGGAGAAUUUAAACAAGCUGAUGAGCAAUUUGAAGAGUACCCACCCUCAUUUUGUGCGCUGUCUCAUUCCCAAUGAAACUAAAACACCUGGUGCCAUGGAGCAUGAACUUGUAUUGCAUCAACUGAGGUGUAAUGGAGUGCUGGAAGGUAUCAGAAUUUGCAGAAAGGGAUUCCCUAGCAGGAUCAUUUACGGUGAUUUUAAACAGAGAUACAGGAUAUUGAAUGCAAGUGCCGUCCCAGAGGGACAGUUCAUGGAUAGCAAGAAAGCUUCUGAGAAGCUUCUCGGUUCUAUCGAUAUUGACCAUACCCAAUAUAAAUUUGGGCACACAAAGGUGUUCUUCAAAGCUGGCCUUUUGGGUACUCUAGAGGAGAUGAGAGAUGAUAAGUUGGCACAGCUGAUUACACGCACCCAAGCUGUUUGCCGUGGUUACCUGAUGAGAGUGGAGUUCAAGAAAAUGAUGGAAAGGAGAGAGUCUGUCUUCACUAUUCAGUACAAUGUCCGCUCAUUCAUGAACGUGAAGACCUGGGCUUGGAUGAAGUUGUACUUUAAGAUCAAACCUCUGCUGAAGAGUGCUGAGUCAGAGAAGGAGAUGGCCAACAUGAAAGAAGAGUUUGAGAAAACUAAAGAAGACCUUGCCAAAUCAGAGGCCAAACGGAAGGAGCUGGAAGAAAAAAUGGUGUCUCUGAUGCAAGAGAAGAAUGACUUACAGCUCCAAGUCCAAUCUGAAUCUGAUGGCUUGGCAGAUGCUGAGGAGAGAUGUGACCAGCUGAUCAAAACCAAAAUUCAGCUGGAAGCUAAAAUUAAGGAGCUGACUGAACGGGCAGAGGAUGAAGAGGAAAUGAAUGCUGAGCUGACAGCCAAAAAGAGAAAACUGGAAGAUGAAUGCUCAGAGCUGAAGAAAGACAUUGAUGAUCUUGAGUUAACACUGGCCAAGGUGGAAAAGGAGAAGCAUGCCACAGAAAACAAGGUGAAAAAUCUCACUGAAGAGAUGGCAGUCUUGGAUGAGAACAUUGCCAAAUUGACCAAGGAAAAGAAAGCCCUCCAAGAAGCCCAUCAACAGACCUUGGAUGACCUGCAGGCAGAGGAGGACAAAGUCAAUACUCUGAGCAAAGCAAAGACCAAGUUGGAGCAGCAAGUGGACGAUCUUGAAGGGUCCCUGGAGCAAGAAAAGAAACUUCGCAUGGACCUGGAAAGAUCCAAGAGGAAGCUUGAAGGUGAUCUGAAGCUGGCCCAGGAAUCCACAAUGGAUUUGGAGAAUGAUAAGCAGCAGCUGGAUGAAAAGCUUAAGAAGAAAGACUUUGAAAUCAGCCAGCUACAAAGCAAAAUUGAAGAUGAGCAGGCCUUGGGCUCCCAGCUUCAGAAGAAGAUAAAGGAGUUACAGGCCCGUAUUGAGGAACUGGAGGAGGAGAUUGAGGCUGAGCGUGCAUCUCGGGCCAAAGCAGAGAAGCAGCGGUCUGAUCUCUCCAGAGAACUUGAAGAGAUCAGUGAGCGUCUGGAGGAAGCUGGUGGGGCAACCGCAGCUCAGAUUGAGAUGAACAAGAAACGUGAGGCAGAAUUCCAGAAAAUGCGCAGGGACCUUGAAGAGGCCACUCUGCAACAUGAAGCCACAUCAGCUGCUCUCCGCAAGAAGCAUGCAGACAGUGCAGCUGAACUUGGGGAACAAAUUGAUAACCUGCAGCGUGUGAAACAGAAGCUAGAGAAGGAGAAGAGUGAGCUGAAGAUGGAGAUUGAUGACCUUGCCAGUAAUAUGGAAUCUGUCUCUAAAUCUAAGUCAACUCUUGAGAAAUUAUCCCGCUCCUUGGAAGAUCAGCUGAGUGAGGUUAAAGCAAAGGAGGAAGAGCACCAGCGCACAAUUAAUGACCUGACUGCUCAAAGAGCACGUCUGCAGACAGAAGGAGGUGAAUUUGCUCGCCAAGUAGAAGAAAAAGAUGCUUUGAUUUCCCAACUUUCAAGAGGCAAGCAAGGCUUUACUCAACAGGUUGAAGAACUGAAGAGGCAACUUGAAGAAGAAACAAAGGCUAAGAAUGCAUUGGCCCAUGCCUUGCAAUCUGCUCGUCACGACUGUGACUUGCUCAGGGAACAAUUUGAAGAGGAACAGGAAGCAAAGGCUGAGCUGCAACGUGCCAUGUCCAAGGCAAACAGUGAGGUUGCCCAAUGGAGAACCAAAUACGAGACUGAUGCAAUCCAGCGCACUGAAGAACUAGAAGAGGCCAAGAAAAAGCUUGCCCAGCGCCUGCAGGAUGCUGAAGAGCACGUAGAAGCUGUGAACUCCAAAUGUGCUUCCCUUGAGAAGACAAAGCAAAGGCUACAGAAUGAAGUGGAGGACCUAAUGAUUGAUGUGGAAAGGUCCAAUUCAGCCUGUGCAGCUCUAGAUAAGAAGCAGAAGAACUUUGAUAAGAUUUUAGCAGACUGGAAACAGAAAUUUGAAGAAGCCCAGUCUGAACUGGAAGCUUCCCAGAAGGAAUCUCGCUCUCUCAGCACAGAGCUCUUUAAGAUGAAGAAUGCUUAUGAGGAAUCCUUGGAUCACUUGGAAACCUUGAAGCGUGAGAACAAGAAUCUCCAACAGGAGAUUUCUGAUCUCACGGAACAGAUCGCUGAGGGAGGAAAGGCUAUCCAUGAAUUGGAGAAAGUGAAGAAGCAGAUUGAGCAAGAGAAAUCUGAACUGCAGGCUUCUCUAGAGGAAGCUGAGGCCUCACUGGAACAUGAAGAAGGCAAAAUCCUCCGCAUCCAACUUGAGCUCAACCAAGUGAAGUCUGACAUUGACAGGAGAAUUGCAGAGAAAGAUGAAGAAAUCGAUCAGCUGAAGAGGAAUCACCUGAGAGUUGUGGAGUCCAUGCAGAGCACACUAGAUGCUGAAGUCAGGAGCCGGAAUGAUGCCCUGAGAGUAAAGAAGAAGAUGGAGGGAGAUCUGAAUGAAAUGGAAAUCCAGCUGAGCCAUGCCAACCGCCAAGCUGCUGAGGCAUUAAAGAACCUCAGGAACACACAAGGGCAGCUUAAGGAUACACAACUGCACUUGGAUGAUGCUGUUCGGAGCCAGGAAGAUCUGAAGGAGCAGGUGGCUAUGGUUGAGCGCAGAGCUAAUCUUAUGCAGGCUGAGAUUGAGGAGCUCCGUGCAGCUCUGGAACAGACAGAGAGAGGCAGGAAAGUGGCUGAACAGGAGCUUCUGGAUGCCAGUGAGCGUGUGCAACUUCUUCACACACAGAAUACCAGCUUGAUCAACACCAAGAAGAAGCUGGAAACAGACAUUGCACAAAUCCAAGGUGAAGUGGAAGAGACUAUUCAAGAAGCCCGCAAUGCAGAAGACAAGGCCAAGAAGGCCAUCACUGAUGCAGCCAUGAUGGCUGAGGAACUCAAGAAGGAACAGGACACCAGUGCCCACCUGGAGAGGAUGAAGAAGAACUUGGAGCAGACCGUAAAGGACCUGCAACACCGUCUUGAUGAGGCAGAACAGCUGGCAAUGAAGGGUGGCAAGAAGCAGCUCCAGAAACUGGAGCACAGAGUACGUGAGCUGGAAGCUGAAGUUGAGAACGAGCAGAAGCGUGGUGCUGAUGCUAUCAAGGGUGUGCGCAAAUAUGAGAGACGUGUCAAGGAGCUGACCUACCAGUCUGAGGAAGAUCGGAAGAAUGUUCUGAGGCUUCAGGAUCUGGUGGACAAACUGCAAAUGAAAGUGAAAGCUUAUAAGAGACAAUCUGAAGAAGCUGAGGAACAAUCCAACCUCAACCUUUCCAAAUUCCGCAAGAUUCAGCAUGAGCUGGAAGAAGCUGAAGAGAGGGCUGACAUUGCAGAGUCACAGGUCAACAAACUGCGGGUGAAAACCCGUGAUGCUGGAAAGGCAGUCAAAAGCGAAGAAUAAGCAUGUAUAGAAACUUCAAGGUGAUUGAAGAAACACACAAAAUGUGAAGCUCUUCAUCACUUUGAUGUGUAAUUAUUGUUUGUUCUGUCCUCAGUGUCUAGGAAAUAAAGACUGUAGAAACC